AUGUUUUCAUGUCUAAAUGUACUGCCAGCCUCACUGCAGCUGUGCCUGGGAAUGUGCCUUCACAAGGAUGUUGCAGAGGAGCAUAAAAAGGCAAAACUCCAAAGCUCUAAAAUAGAACGGGACCUUCACAAACAUGCGAGCAUGGAGAACAAUGUGGUCAAAAUCCUUAUGCUCGGUGCUCCAGAGACUGGAAAGAGUACAAUUGUCAAACAGAUAAAGAUAAUCCAUAAUCAUGGAUUCUCCAAACAAGAGCUUAGAAGUUUCAAGCCUGCAGUACUGGACAAUCUUCUGACCUCUAUGAAGACUGUUCUGCAAGGCAUGGGGACACUGAGGAUAAACCUUGCUAACAAGCAGAAUAAGGAUCAUGCUCACUCCAUCCUGUCCUGCAGCCAGUGUUUAGGGGACGAUCAGGAGCUCCUUCCUUUUAUGGCUCAUGCUUUCUGUGCACUUUGGUCUGACCAAGGAGUCCGAGCAGCUGCAGCCCGAGGAUACGAGUUUGAGCUGAACGACUCUGCUCUCUAUUUCUUUGAGAACAUGAGUCGAAUCGUCGCACCAAACUACGUUCCCACAGAUGCAGAUGUUCUGAGAGUCAGAUUGAGGACCUGUGGAAUCAUUGAGACACAGUUUCAAGUUGAUGAAACUAUGUUUCGGCUGUAUGAUGUCAGAGGCCAGCAAAGUGAGAGGAGGAAGUGGCUAAGCUGCUUUGAAGGUAUUCAAGCUGUGGUGUUUGUUGUGGCCCUCAACAGCUAUGAUAUGACACUACUGGAGGAUCCUUCUGUGAAUCGGCUGCAAGAAAGUCUUGAACUUUUUUCAUCAAUCUGCAUCCACACAGUUUUCCAGCAAACCACCAUGAUUCUGUUCAUGAACAAAACUGACCUUUUCCGGGAAAAGAUCCUAAAAUCUGGAAGACACUUGAGACUUUACCAUUCUAGCUUUAAAGGUGCUGAUGGUGAUGUGGAUGCUGCAGCCCACCAUAUCACUGCAAUGUUCUCAGCAUGUAACAGCAACCCUGACAGGCCUGUGUACCACCACUUCACCACUGCCAUAGACGCCACAAGCGUACAGGUCGCAUUUCAUGUGAUCGUUGAUCAGAUUAUGAGGGGGAACCUAGAGGCUGUUCAGCUUGUUUAA